CUCCGUGCUGUGGAGGGUGGAAAAGUAAGACGGACGAAGUUCUGAGCUUCAUUGAGGCUUUCGGCUGCGAAAUCCAAAUAAUUUAAUAAUGUAUGCUCAUGUUUCCUCCGUAAUCUCAUUUUUACCCUCCACAAAUCCAGCUUUCUACCCCACCAGCUCCUCUCCUUUGCUCUUUGUGACUCGCCGGAAACUUUGUCUUAGAGGAUUCCAUCGGAAGGCGCGUCGGAAGCUGCUAAAUUUUAUUAUGUCUGCCUCCGUUUCGAGGUCGGGAUCCUCUCUUCGGCUUUAUGAUGAUGACAAGCCUUUUUUAGCUUCUAGGACUUAUGCAAGUAAAGGGGAUUUGUUAACAACGAACGCAGAACUAGAACUAGAGGUGCCUCCCACAAGUAAAACUGCUCCUCACAAAAAUAGAUACCGUAUGGGCACUAUAAAAUUGUUUGGGGUGGAUUUAUCCCCAGAUAAUAUUGCUGUUGCAAUGGUAUAUUUUGUUCAAGGUGUUUUGGGACUUGCAAGGUUGGCCGUCAACUUUUACUUAAAAGAUGAUUUACAUCUGGAUCCUGCUGAGACAGCUGUUAUUACCGGGUUUUCUGCAUUACCAUGGCUUAUCAAACCCCUUUAUGGAUUUAUUAGUGAUUCUGUCCCACUUUUUGGGUAUCGAAGAAGGUCAUACUUAGUUCUAUCAGGGCUUCUUGGUGCUCUCUCAUGGAGUUUGAUGGCUUCUUUUGUUGACAGCAAAUAUGGUGCUGCUUUUUGCAUACUUAUUGGCUCUCUUUCUGUCGCCUUCUCAGAUGUUGUUGUAGAUUCAAUGGUUGUGGAGCGGGCACGUGGUGAAUCACAAAGUACCUCAGGAUCUCUUCAGUCUUUAUGUUGGGGUUCUUCUUCUUUUGGUGGAAUUGUGAGCGCUUACUUCAGUGGGUCUCUGGUGGAAACUUAUGGUGUAAGGUUUGUUUUUGGUGUCACAGCAUUGCUUCCACUGAUAACAUCUGCAGUUGCUGUUCUUGUAAAAGAACAACCCAUGCUUGGUCCUGCAAGGGGCCAGAGUCCUCCUUUUGCUGAUCCUGAUUUUAUGGAAAGCUCAAAACAGAAUAUUGUUCAAUUGUGGCAUGCUGUGCGACGGCCCAAUGUUUUUCUUCCCACCUUGUUUAUUUUCCUGUGGCAAGCAACUCCACAGUCUGACUCUGCUAUGUUCUAUUUUACCACAAAUGCCCUUGGUUUUACCCCAGAAUUUUUAGGUCGUGUUAAGCUUGUUACCUCAAUUGCAUCCCUGCUUGGUGUUGGACUCUACAAUGGAUUUUUGAAGAAUGUAUCCUUACGAAAAAUAUUUCUAACAACUACUGUUGUAGGUUCAGCUCUCGGGAUGACUCAGAUUGUCCUGGUUACUGGACUAAACCGGAAGUUUGGCAUUAGUGAUGAAUGGUUUGCAAUUGGGGAUUCUUUAAUUCUCACUGUUUUGAGUCAGGCGUCCUUCAUGCCCGUUCUUGUGCUAGCAGCAAGACUCUGUCCCGAGGGGAUGGAGGCAACACUUUUUGCAACUCUCAUGUCCAUAUCUAAUGGAGGGAGCGUUCUUGGGGGCUUGAUAGGUGCUGGUUUGACUCAAAUAUUCGGCAUUACCAAGGAUAGAUUUGAUAAUUUGGCUACUUUGAUCAUCCUUUGCAAUCUUAGCUCAUUAUUGCCUCUGCCUCUACUUGGCCUCCUUCCUGGGGGUGACCCUGAUGCAAACUUAAAGGACAAUGACGACGACGACAUUGAGAUGAAGUCUAAUUGAUUCUGAUGGCUUGCUCAUUUUUGCCAAAGCUCUUGCCCAGUUUUGGUCUUCGUUUGUUUAUUCAACUGGUGGUUUACAUGCCAGAGAGGAAGGUAGAGAUAAAUCUGUACAUAGUCACUUGCUAAAGAAGGUCCUGCUUUUGCCCAUGCUUGUUUUGGAAGCCUCUAUGAACACGAUAACAGAGUUCACCUUGAGCUGACAACUGUGUGUGGUUUUCUCCCUCUCCCCUUCUCACCCCUUGGCGAGCCCAGUUUAGUCUUUUUCAGCGAUUAAUUAGAACAAAAUAAUAAUAAUAAUAAUAAUAAUAAUAUGCAAACAUGUUAUGAGUU